UCGUACGUCGAAGCUGCACUUGUCGCUUCCUGUGUGUGUUGCCAGCUGAGCUGUUUGGAGAGAGGUGAACGACACAGGGCAAGGCGCUGCAGAGGAUGCUCCCAGGGUUUUGUACACAUUUGUAAUUGCUAUCUCCCAAAUGGAGGAGCUGAAAGAAAGCUUGGUGUUUAAAGGAGUAGCUGAGAGACUGACGCUUGGUAUCACUCGAAUACUCGAGAACAUGCCGGGUGUGGCUGAUGUGCGUUUUGCAGAGAGGGAGCCUGCAGAGAAGAGGAGCCUGCUGUCAUGGGAACAGAGAAACACUUGUAUUCUGCCUGAGGACCUGCGAGAUUUCUAUCUGACAACGGAUGGAUUUACACUAACCUGGAGCGUUAAACUAGACAAUGAGUGCGUUCCCUUAGGAUGCAUGAUGAUAAACAGUGUGGCCAGGCUGUGCCCGCUGCUCCAACCAGUAGCUAUAUUCUCUCUACCCAAUGCACCCUCACUGGUCGACCUGGACUGGGAGGAGAGCAACACAGAAAGUGGGACAGGGCGUGCUCCCGCUGCACCACAUUUUGAUUCCCGGAGCCGCAUCUUCGAGCUGGAUUCCUGUGGUGGGAAUGGCAAAGUGUGCCUAGUCUACAAGAACUGCACCUCAGGUGUCGUAGCCCAGCAGAGUGAAAUUUGGUUCCUUGACCGCUCGCUGUGCUGGCAUUUUCUGACAGCAACCUUCACCUCCUACUACAGACUGAUGAUCACCCACCUCGGUCUGCCUGAGUGGCAGUAUGCAUUCACCCCUUACGGUCCCAGCCCUCAGGCCAAGCAGUGGGCAUCACUCUACCAGCCGCUGAUUUUCAGCACUGAGCAUAGCUUUGCCGAUCCUGCUGGAGAUUCCUAUCUCAAUAAACUGGAUCCUACAAAGGCCUUCAGAGGCAAAGCCAAGGUACCCGUCCUCAAGAAGAAGCAGUCGACACAGGGCAGCUCUGGGAGCGCUGCCAAGAGCCAAGGCAGCGCAGGAAAACACCCUGGUGCAAAGCGGUGAGACCGUCCCCAUUUGAGGAAAACAUUUCAGAGAACUCUAUUGUCCAUACAGCAAACAUGGCUUAGAAGAGCAGUCUGCUAUUCAGCCAGUAACUGGUGUGAUAGCAGCUGUAAUCUCCAUGAGAGCAUCCCAUCCAAAACUAAGCUGGGAAUGCCACAUUUCUAAAUGGAUGCAUAAUCAGCAUUUUCUUCAGCUCAACACAAGGCUGCACUGGUCUGAAAAUGUGUGUCUGACUUGAUUAUAUGUCAGAGGUGAUUAUAAAACACACGUGAUAAUCUUGA